UAUCAUGCGUGGUCAGAAAGGUCAAUCGAACACAUUGAUAAAUAGUAGCUAUAGGUGAUAAUAGUAGCAUUAGACACUAUUACAUGAUUGUGACUUCUAGAGAGAAUGGUUAUUUUACUACUAGCUGCUCUGCUGGCUACACAAGUCACUGCUAAAACAACAGAAUGCAUUGAGAGCGUCCUAAGAUUGCAACUAGCUCCAGACACAGACACCAUCAAAGGGUUUCCCGAGUACUGUUACAAUGAUACAUGGAGCAGGAUUUGUACCAUUGAUGGAACCUGGAUAACAAAUGAAACUAGGACGAGGGUGGCAUGUGAGCAAUUGGGCUACAGUGAAGAAGAUGCAUCAGUGAGACUCAACGUAUCAGAUACAUAUACAGUGGGCAAGCCCUUUGUAUCAGUGUCAAAAUGUGCAGAAGGAAACAAAACACUGCAGGAAUGUGGAGUUAGAAGGAUUGUGAACAGUAGUUGCAUGAUAUUGUUCAACCAAGUUCAACUAAUAUGCUAUCGAGUUACAUGCCCUAAAGAGCGAGUGAGACUAGUGGGUGGAUCUACGAAACAUCAAGGUCUAGUGGAAGUAUGCUCUGAUGGACGCUGGGGAACAGUGCAGACUAACAAACCAGCUGAAAUUGCAAGGGAAGUUUGCAGAAGACUCGGGAAUGGCGAGGAUGUAGCCGAUUAUGUUAAAGUUCAAUCAAGAUCUUCCAAGCCUGUCUACAAUUGUUCAAUUAUUAGGGGAACCCUGACCUGUCAAGAAUCUAUCUAUGAUAAUCGUCUUAUUCAUCUAAACGUUUCAUGUCCAAUUUCUAAUAACUCGAGACAAGUUAGAUUGAUUGGUGGCUACAGCUACAGGGAGGGGAGAGUUGAGGUUUGCUUAGGUGAUGACAUGUGGGAAUCCGUCUGCAACCUUGGUCAAGAAGGAAUCGCCGGAGAGGCUUGCUAUCUAACAGGGUUUCCAAGAGAAGGUGUCAUGGUUACUAGCUACGGAGAAGAGGAAGAAGGCUAUUGCUGUAAUAGUACCCUACAGAACUGCACGCAAUGCCUGCAAUGCAAUAGUCUUGGUGUUGUUUGUCAGGCUUGGGACCAAUUACAAUCAACAAACAAUGCCAGUGAAUGUGCAGUACAGCCUCCUAUGAUUGAGCCUACAAGUUCAUCUAAUAUAGCCUCUACUACAGCCUCCUCUUUAACAGAUUUCACAAGUCUAGACUCCACUACCACCACCCAGAGCCGGGGCACUGAACUUGUAACCAGUACCCAACCCACAAGCACAUCCCCUGACAACCACACAGCACUGUUUGGAGCCAUUAUUGGAGUGCUAUUUGCUCUACUGCUAGCUACACUAGUGGGAUGGAUGUGCACAUGCAUCAUCAUGCACAGGAAAAACACAAACACUACAAAGUCAACUAGUUCUACAAUCAACGAUCCAAUAACUACGGAUGACAACUAUUCACUGGCACAACUCAUUGACUCUUCACACUAUGAAGCCCCGCCCACUAAACCUCCACCUACAAUCCCCAGUAACGAUGCAACUAACAAGCGCGAGUCAAAAAUACAAAUAAUACAUGUGGAAUGUGCUACCUACGAUUACGUUGGCCCCGACCUGUCACUCUCCCAACCAACCAACCCAACUAACCACUAUACUGUGACCACAAGCGAUGGAGGCUAUGCUGUCAUUGAUAAUAUCAAACCGAAACCGAAACCGAAACCAUCCAACCCACCACCAGUGAAGCAUAUGUACGCAGCUGUCAAUAAGGAGAAAAAGAAUAAUGUUGGAGGAGAAUAAACUUUGCAACAACAGUUAUAGCUAUGGUGUGUAGAGACACAUUCAUCAUACAGACAUCUUAAUUUAGUAGCUAUGGUUCAUACAACCUUGUGCAUGCAUAAUUAUCAUAACACUGAUUGUACAGUAAUCACAAUACAC